AUGUCCUUUCGUACAUCUAGAACUCGGUUGGCACCAAUUAAUACACUAAGUAACGGUGUUAAUAUCAAGACUAAUAAAUCAAGCGAAGAAUUUUUGACAGAUUUAUAUGAUGAUGAAUUAGAAGAUCCAGCAUACGAUAAAGGUAAUUUUAUUAGAAGGGCACUCUUUUUUUUUACCACGUCGCCUUCUGACCUUCUUAUAAGUCUGAACGAAACUUUAGAAGCCAUCGAUUGGGAUGCAAAAUCUAGGACAAUUGCCCAACCAUUUGGUAACGGACUUACUUUCCUAUUCUUCAUAAUGAGGUUUUUACAAGAUAAUGUCAUUUAUCCAAACUAUCAUAAAAUACACAAGAAAUCAGAUGCUUUUGAUCUGUCUAAAUCGAAGAAACUUAAAAGUUACAGUUUUUUGAAACAGUAUGCGUUAGAUGAAAGUAAGAGGAAGAUAAGUAUCUCCUCUUUUUGGUAUAUGAGUAUUUUGAAGACGGCCGACUAUAUAAUCACCAUGAUAAGUUCUAUUUUAAUAUUACUUAACAUAUAUUUGACGUACAAAUUUUUUUCGAAUCACUAUAAAUCAUAUUCGAUAUUUAACUGUGAUCCCGAAUUAUUACAGCAAUCCAAACAUCUGACAAGGCAUCCUUUGAAUGAGUUAACUCAAAAUCAAUAUUAUUUCGAAAACGCUUCCAAAGGUUCUAUCUGGACAAUGCUCAAAUGUUUCCUUUUCGACAGACGAAAAGAAAAUAAUAUAACUUCCGAUGCUCAAGAAUAUUAUUUUAAGCUGAAAAAAUGGCAUCCUUCCAAGUUCAUGGUAAAUCUCUUUAUAUCAUUUUCUCCAAUAGGCAUAUGCUUUCUAUUUUUCUCUGAAGUAUCCUUCUUAAUGUUAAUCCCAAUUGCUUUCCAGCAACUACUACUUCACCAUUUAAUUAUUGAACAUUAUGAAUUACUGAUUGUUGAUAACUUGAUUAUUGCUUCUGCAACAAUGAAUGAAUACAACUCGAAAAUCGUUAGACCGAAAACAUCUAAGAGGAUACAGGAGGUAAUGGUGGACUCUACUCCGAAAGGUCAUGGGUACGUCAGGUUCUUUCCCUCUACUGGUGUUGCUAAACAAUCAUUAUUUGAGACACACACUCUUUCUGGAGAACUAAUAAAGGAGAAAUAUAAUAAAAAGAAAGGAAGAUUUGAAGUUCUUGAUAUUGAUAACUCAGAGAGAGAGAUGCCACAUAACAUUAUAGUCCAAGCACCCUACCAUAGACCGAAAUAUCGUCGCUAUGGGCAACGAAAUGAUUAA